CAUAAGUGAAAGUGAAAUGUGUGUUGCUGGGUUUCGCAGGGGGAUUUUCGCUGCUGUUUUCUGACUGCUCUAAAAGUCGUACGAGCACUCUAAACACACCGACAGCGAAGAAAAAUGCGUGACAUUUCCACUAUUUACAAGAUUUCAAUUCUCGCCUGUACUUUGGCCAUCGGCGUUUCAGGAUGCUCUGUGCUGGAGUGCUGGUUUGUGCAGGAGAAACCAGGCCGUGGAGGGGGCUUUUCAGCUGCUAUGAGCCAAGAGAAAUCCCUCAUCUACAUCAGAAAGGACCCAGAUAGUCCAAAGAUGCAGCAGAAACCUCCAUCAGACAUCGAUUUCUCCCGAAUUUACUAUGUAACAGAUCCCGCUGCCACUUUCUGCAGCUCUUCACUCCAUCCACCUGAGGGCUCCCUUACCAAACCUCAGUGUGAGAUAAACCCCUUCACUCCUCAAGCAUCUUUGGUUAAAUGGGCUGCAUCACUCACAGAGACAGGCCAAAGCCCCACCUACCUGGAUGGCGAUUGGUAUUCUGUGGCAGCACAGGGUCUUGAUGGACAGCUAACACUGUCCAAUGUGAUGCAAGCUCCAUCAGCUUCUAAAGAACCAAAAGUGAUCUUCAGCGUCUCCAGUAGAACUCCUUCAGUCGCCUCUAGACUUGGGGAACCAGUUCAUCUUGACUGUGGGUUCUGGGUAGACCCAUCCUCACCACUUCAUGGCUCUGGUUUUUCGGUGGAGUGGCGCUACCAGUUCCGGGGUGAAGGGAGGCUGGUACUGGCCUAUGAUGGCAAGAGUGAUCGCUUUGCUAAAACAUCAGAGACAGGUGCUGAUUUGGACAUUCCUGCCCUUUAUAAAUCAGGGAAUGCAUCACUUACACUGGAAGAGGCUCAAGUAAGGCAUUCUGGGACCUACAUCUGCACCAUAUACCUUCCAAACCUUCUGGCUCAGGUUGCCAUGGACCUGGAGAUAGUUGAGCCUCCGUCUCUUGGCAUCUACCCAUCCCCUCUUCCCAUCUCCGCCCCUGGGCAGGUGGUGUCAGUGCACUGUGAGGCCUCUGGUUUUGCUCCUCUUUCUCUGGAGCUUGGCUGGGAGUUUACUGGAGCUGAUGGUAAGAAGCGGUCCCUUGGACAGGGCAGUGUGUCGGGCCACAGGCAGGCAUCUGAUGGUACCUACAGCCAGAGCACUCGUAUAGAGCUGGACUCCAGCAAGCUUGGGCUCGGACGUGGUGGUGAGGUCAGCUGCGUGGCCGAUCACAAAGGAGGGUUUAGACGAGCUAGUGUGACACUGAAUGUCGUUGGUGUUGGUGCUCCUUCCAUAGAGGACUCUAUGGCAAUGGUUGCUGUAGCCCUUGUGCUUUAUGGUGUAAUAAAGGUGUUUUUCUGGACCUUCACAUCUUCAGGGUCUUCCAAAGCACAAGAAUCAGGGGAUAAGAAGGACAAGUAAUCGCAGUGCUGAAAAUGUCUUCCUGGAUGUCUUGAUUAGAACUUAUGUUUAUGCAGAUGAUGAUAGAAGCCACAGUAAAAAAGUACACCAUCUCUUUAAAAUGAUUAUACUGAUAUUUUUGUGCUUGGUUCAUGAUCCAGAUUGUGAAUAAACACUGAGAUAGUGUUGUGGUAUUUUAAAAUAAUGGGAAAAGGUGUCUUUAUGUCUUUUCUGAAUUUUGUUUUAUUUUAUUUUUUUUGUUUCAUUUAGACCUGUUUGGGUUUUAUUGGUUGAUGAUUAAUUAAGUAAAUAUAUUGUAAGUUUUCUUUUCUUUUAUCUUUUGAAAUACCAUGUCAUGAAUCCUCUGAAAAUGACUGUAUAAAUUUUAAUUUUUUUUUACCUGUUCAUCGUUUAUUUUAACCCCUGUUUGUUAAUGUGUGUAAGAGCUGUGAUGCACAAGUUGAAAAUAAAUGUGUGACUACUGGUGUA